AUGUCACGUUGCAUAGAUCGGUGUGUUACUGCAGAACAUGUAAAUCUUUUACAGGUCAUCCGCUCCAGCAGGUCAUUGUGGUCCUUAACUCAUCAAAUUUACUGGAGAGCUGUGUGUCAGUCCACGGCUGUGGAAACAAAGGUCACCAAAUGUUCUCCCAGCCUGUCACAAACAUUCAGGAUGCUGAGAACAGCAGACCUGCUCCUUCUCCUCUGUCUUGUCGGGGCAGUGAGUGCCCUGUACAAACAGUGGAGUCCUGACACCAACUAUGAGAACAAGACCAACUGGGACAAAGAUGCUGUCCCAUGUGGCAGCGACACGGUUCUGUUUCCAGCCGAGAGGAAAGUGUCUGUGUUCGUGGAGACGACGCAUGCUGUGAGGGAGAUGAGGCUUCCAGUUGACGGGGAGUUCAUCCUCAAUUCUGGAGCUGGAUUUUAUGUCAUGAGUGGGCAAGAUCCAGACUGUGGAGCAGGUGUCACUGCCAACUUCAAAGAUUCAGAGGCACUUCAGUGGUUCAACCCAAGUCUGUGGCAGGCGGCUGCAUCACAGGACGACCUGCAGAAAGGAAACUUCUUAUUCUCAGUCCAUGAAGAGAGUGUCCCAUGCCAGUAUGAUGAUGUGGUCUUCAAAGCCCGCUCCUCUUUUAGGGUGGACACAAGCUCAGGUCAGUCAAGCAUCCCUGUCAAAUCAGUGUCAGUGCUCGGGGAAACGUUUGAAAGCGGAUCAGAGUUCUCCCAGUAUCUCAGCUCACGCUCAGGGAGGCUGCAGUUUCACGGAUCUUCUGCAGUUACCGUUGGAAACCCAGGAUGUGGGGAUCCUUCUGGGUGUGAUUGUGGGAAUUCUGCAAACCAUGAGCAGAUCUGUGGUGCUGUAACAUGUGACUCUGUUAGCUGCAAGAAGCCUCUUUCCCCCGUUGGACACUGCUGUGAAGUUUGUGGCGCUGUCGUCACAAUCAAGUACUCCGAUAAUUUCAACCUGCAAUCCUACAGGCAACGCCUCCAACACUUAUUUCUCAUGCAGUCAGAAUACAAAUCCAUCCAGCUGGGCAUAUCGAAAGUUGCCAAGUCAGAGCGGCUGAUGUGGAUUAUUCCUUUUGGCACCACAUCUGAGAUCCAGGUAGUCAUUCUGGAUGGAGAGAAGGGGGCACUGGCAGAAGAUCUGGCCUGGGACAUAGUGAAGGAUGCUCAGUCUCAUGGCUCCAGCAUGGGAAUCACUGAGGCAGGAUUUCAGGCUUCCUCUGGAGGCAGUCACCUGUCUGGAAGCAACACAGGGGCUGUUGUUGGAGCUGUGUUUGGAGUUUUAAUACUGAUCACCCUAAUCGUUGUACUAGUUGUCCUGGUUCGUAAAGGGUUUGUUCCAAUACCAUCCAUGCCCUCGAUGCCAUCAAUGCCUUCAAUGCCAUCUCUGAGAAGAUUUAAGAGAAAUAGUGACAUCGGAGACCUUGGUGGGACUCUUGAUCGUGGCUAUGACAAUCCCAUGUUCGACAGGCCCGACAUGCCUGACAUCUCUGACCUCUAUAGGAAAGAAACAAAUACUUCCAUCUCAAUGACUCAGACAGGCGUGCACUUUGUGAAUCCAGUAUAUGAUGAAAAUGAGACUGAUUUUAACGCUUGAAAUUACUGUAAUUUUAUGUAUUUUUAAGUGAUUCCCACAUUUUUGAAUCCAAGAUUUUAUGAACAGUCUUUGUUUAGUUUUAUAAUAAUUCUGCAGUACAAAUAAACCUUUACAACCAAAUGGACUUUAGGCAAAUAAAACAAUCAGUGGCUGGCAUUUGUGUACUUUUUGCCUCAUUCAUAUCACAUUGAAAAGCAAUAAAGCUGCAAUAACCCUCCAACACACCAGCAGCUGCUGGAGUUCAUGAUGCAGAGUCACCACUAGAUGGCAGUAAAGUAAACUUAGUGACAUAUCAGCAUUUUGUACUUUGUAAUGUAACCAUAACAAACAUUAAAGGUAUGGCAUGUAAUAUCUAGCCAAGUAGCAUUAGCUGAUAUAAUCUAAUAUAAUAUUUUUCUUGGUCUAACAGUCUCUGCACAGCUUCAAAGUCUGCUUUGGGUCAUUUUGGGAACUCUUACUACAAUGGAAUCUCCACUGUGUUUCACUGUGGGUGCCUUUGCUCCCUCAUGUCUGCAUCUCUUGACCUCUCUCUGCAGAAUAAUGAGCAGGGAUAUCCUUUUUAAAUUGAUAUUUAGCACAUUUUACUACAUUUGAGAGAAAAUAGUGAUCAGCAAGCAUUAUAGACCUUUCAAUAAACACAAUAUAUUGAUAAUUAGUGGCAAAAACAAGACCAAUCAUAUAAAAAGCUUUGAAAUACGUCACUGAAGUAGGGAGAGAGAGAUCAGAAGAGUCAGCAUGCUACAGUCAGAGUUUCUGGUGUUUUAAAACUUUUAAAUGUAUAAAAAAAAUUGGAUCAAAAGACCUUUAUUUCAGUGAAACCUGUAGAUUAUACUUUUAUUAUAUUUCUGAUUCAUGUUUGAUUUGGUUUUUAUUUUUAGAUGUUGAAGCAGUAAACAGACCUCUCUCAUGUGAUUUAUGUUUAAACUAUUCAGUUUUAAAAUGACCAUGUG